UUCUGCCCAGGGGAGCCCUGGAGCAGUUGGGGCGCAUCGCACGCAGGAAGCACUCGGGGUCGGUAGCGUGGCGCCAUCUUGCCGUACGGAGGAGAGCGCUGGCGGCCGCCAUUUUGCAGCCGAACGAGCGAUGAGAUGAGAGCAGCCUCGCUGUUCUCCGCCGCCUGGGAGCUGCCAUUUUAGGUUACGGCAGCCUCUCCGCAUCCCAUUGGACGCUGCCGUUGUGGAUGACGAUCGAGACGGCGACCCGCAGGGGGCCUCACCUCCUCCCUGCCUCCCUUUAGGUGUCUUUAUAAAAUGCCCGUGGAGAAUCCCCUCUUUUUUCGCCCCGCUCCCAAGAUGGCGUCGAUGCGGGAGAGCGAUACUGGCCUGUGGCUGCACAACAAAUUGGGCUCCACAGACGAGCUGUGGGCGCCGCCGAGCAUUGCCUCGCUGCUCACGGCUUCGGUGAUCGACAACAUCCGCCUCUGUUUCCACGGCCUUUCUUCGGCCGUCAAGCUUAAGCUACUGCUGGGGAUGCUGCACCUGCCCCGCCGGGCUGUGGAUGAGAUGAAAGGGGCACUGACUGAAAUUAUCCAGCUCGCUACCUUGGAUUCAGACCCCUGGGUCUUAAUGGUAGCUGAUAUUUUAAAAUCCUUUCCAGAUACUGGCUCCCUUAACCUUGAUCUUGAAGAACAGAAUCCCAAUGUUCAAGAUAUUUUAGGAGAGCUUAGAGAAAAAGUAAGUGAAUGUGAAACCUCAGCUAUGUUGCCCUUGGAAUGCCAAUACUUAAACAAAAAUGCCUUGACAACACUGGCUGGGCCCCUUACUCCCCCAGUGAAACACUUCCAGUUGAAGAGGAAACCUAAAAGUGCCACUCUGAGAGCUGAACUCUUGCAGAAGUCAACAGAAACUGCACAGCAGCUCAAGAAGACUGCAGGGGUGCCUUUCCAUGCCAAAGGCAGGGGACUAGUCAAGAAGAUAGAUACAACAACACCACUCAAAGGAAUACCAAAACAAGCUCCCUUCAGGAGUUCUUCGGCACCCAGCGUGUUUAGUCCUUCUGGAAACAGAACUCCUAUUCCUCCUUCAAGAACAACUUUGCGCAAAGAAAGAGGAGUAAAGCUUCUAGAUAUCUCUGAGCUGGAUAUGGUUGGUGCUGGCCGUGAAGCAAAGAGAAGAAGGAAGACUUUAGAUACAGAAGUUGUGGAAAAGCAAGCCAAAGAAGAAGCAGUAGUGGAAAAUGCUACCCCAGAUUAUGCUGCUGGUCUUGUAUCUACACAGAAACUUGGCCCAUUGAACAAUGAGCCUGCACUACCUUCUACAAGCUACUUACCUGCAACCCCCAGUGUGGUGCCGUCUUCCUCCUAUAUCCCCAGCUCUGAAACACAGCCAGCUGGCUCUGCACGAGAGGCCUUGCAGGCUACCAGGCAGACUGAAGAGCCUGCAGCUCCAAAUGCCACCACAACUCUUCCUGCACAGUUCAAACAGAGGACACCCAUGUACAACAGUAACUCUAAUCCACCUGCAACUACACCUACCUCACCCCUAACACCUACCACCCCUCCUGCCAUCUCCCCUGCGGCACAAGCACCACAAGCAGCCCCCCAAACUCAGCAACAGCCACCACCCAAGAAGAGCCUCUCUCUCACAAGGGAGCAAAUGUAUGCUGCACAGGAGAUGUUCAAGACUGCAAACAAAGUGACAAGGCCAGAGAAGGCUCUUAUCCUUGGAUUCAUGGCAGGCUCCAGAGAGAAUCCUUGCCAAGAGCAAGGUGACAUCAUCCAAAUCAAACUCAGUGAGCAUACAGAAGAUUUACCAAAGGCAGAUGGCACUGGCAGCACUACCAUGUUGGUUGAUACUGUCUUUGAAAUGAACUAUGCUACUGGGGAAUGGACCAGAUUCAAGAAGUACAAACCUAUCACUAACGUUUCCUAAGAGAUGCAGCAGCAGCAGAUUGGACCAAAUCAAGCUUAAAGUCAACCAGCUCAUAGAAUAUGUCAACUGUACACAUGAAUGCCAUUUUGUACAUUUCUUACUCCCCUCUAGAGUAAAAGUUGUGGCUCUUCAACCUGAGGGGGCUUGGUAACAGAAGAUGGUGUCAAACUUGCUUGGUUUUUAAUCUUGGGAGAGGGAAGGGUGAGCUUAGUAGGGAAAGUUGUUGAUGUGAUUUUUGCUUUCCUGCAGUUCAAGAUGCCAGGAAAAAAACAUCACAGCAGAAGGGUUGCAGACAGGAGCAGUUUACCUCUGAGUACCAGAAGAGAAGAUCCUGCAGUCAUUCCUGGUUUACCACUGAGCAAGGGCACAGGUCUUUAGCUUAAAACUAUUUCCUUUGCUACUUGGGCAUUUCAAAGCACCAUGGGACAGUACUUGGUUGUUUUGAUUCAGCUGCAGCAUAACUAUUGCAGGUGGUAAUAUCCAAUGUCUGACGGUACCCACUGUCAGUUUAGCUUAUUGAUGCCUGGGUCAUAGGAUGAGAUUGAGCAACUUCCUUAACUUGCUGCCUUGUGGGUGUCCAUGCCCAGCAGAAGCUAACCUGUAUUUGGCAUUAUUUGAGAGAAACUGAGUGUCAUAACUUUCUGAAUUGUAAAACAAAACUCAAACCAACAUAUCAGGAAGAUCUAGCUCUUUGCCAUGGAAGUCUUGAGGUGGCAGCUGAUCUAUGGCUCCUGCAUAGCAAGCCCUUGGAACAGCAUAAAUUCAGCAGGGAGGAAGUCAAACUAUUACAUCUCAAAACCGAUUGCAGCUUCAUUUAACAAUGGUCCCAGAAAUGGUAGUGUGAUUGGGAAGAUUUGUUGUCUUGAGGCAGUGUUAAUUUGUUCAGUUGUUCAGCUGCAAUGUGUUUGAUUGCCAAGCCCUGAUACAAAAAGCCGUGACUGACUGUAGCUGUGGUUCUCACCAGUGUAAUCCUGUGGCCACAGUUACACUGCCAUGCCAGUGUGCCUUUACACCUAGUAGAAGCACACUUCCAUCUUUAUAACUGUGUCCACAUCACUCAUACAAUCUAGCUUUACUGGUACAAUUAAAGCUUGCAUUUCUUGGGGGACUUUGUACAUAGGUCAGGACUCAUAGAAUCAUAGAACAGUCUGUGUUGGAAGAGAUCCUUUGGAAACUUGGAUUCAUCAUUUGAGAGAAACUUCAGUUAAAGAUCUGGACUCGUGUGGAGCUGUGCUUGGUUGGGAGCUGUGCUCAGAAGGAGGAAACACAAAGAGGAGUAGUACAGUGGCUGGUUGGUGAUGACUGGAGGUUUGGUAGAGUGUAACUCACAGGACAAAACGAGGCUUUGCUUUUGUUUUGAAAAGAAAGCAGACCAAAUCCCCAAAGAACACUUGGGCUAACAAAGAUGUUUAGGUGAUUACAGAGUCGUUUUGUGUACUGGGGAAGUUUUUAUUACAUUGUAAUUUUAGUUGUAUUGGUGUUUUAUUUUUAAUGAUCCAACAGGACAGGCCAAGUAUAAGUAAUGAGGAAAUCUGUAUCCUAUGAUGUAUUAUGUGACCAAAAGUGUAGGUUUCUUAACUUUAUUUAAGCAAAUGUAUGGAAUGUUUUAGCUCCUGUAAUGGGCAAGUUAUUGAAUGGUUCCUGCUACCAUCAGUACUAUGCAUGUAGUAGUGUGGAAGUUACUUGUGUGUAACUGUCACACUAAGGGACUCUCCUCUACACAACUACCCCAUUGCAGAAGCAAUGGCAUAUGUUUGACUGCCAUUUUCUUCUUUAAACAGUUAGAAAUCAGCCUGAGAGGUGAGGAUGAAUAGUAGGCUUUAGGUGUUAGGAGUUGAGUAGAAAGCAUUUUCAUGGUUAUAAGUUGUUGAUGGUGUGUUAGGCAGUGAGGGCUAAGGAGAAUAGGAAAGCCUUCAUUUCCUCAGAGAGGCUGAAAGAAAAGUGACAUUCCUUUUCUGGGCUGCACUCAGGCUCUUAAAGCUGUCUUGUGCUGAGCAGUUUGCUGUAGUCACAGAUAAUACUUCUGUCCUCACUGGUCCUGCUUUGCUAGGUGAUCUGCAGGCACCAAAUAAGGUUUUUAAAGGAAUUUUAGCAAAUUGGCUGACUUGAGGGAGAUGUAAAUUGUUGAUGCAAGGUUCUUUUGCUAUCCACCAGUGAACAGGAAGUGCUAUGUGACAGCUUUCCUGGCUCACCUGGGGUUCCUCAACUUUCUUAGUCUGCAAAACGUCAGAGCUGUAGUGUUGGGAUGGCCACAGCUGUCCCUCUUCUCUUGAAGCCCUCCUAGAAUGCAGUGGAACCAUUUGAGUGCAGUAGUGUGUAGGAGGCUUAACCAUGCUCAUGCUGCUGUUUGCAUUUGCUACAUAAUAAAGUUGGUCUCAGGCCUGUCUGUCCAGUGUCAGUCAUAGGCAAUAAACUGAAGUUUUAAAUAGAGACAUAGUAUAUUUUUAGUUUCAUUAAGGCAUUAGGAUGAGACAGUUUAUCACUGCUAAAGUAAUUUAUUUUUUAAAGUGACUUUAUGACCCUCAAGACCAGAGCAUUACUGCAACCUGAGCUGUGAAUCUAGAAAGGUUUAGAUGUCUUAAGAAAGGGAAAAUUUUGAUAGAGUAAGAAGCAAAGCUGCAUAGAGCUCUUUGGCUCAGAGAAUGAAGUAAUCCAACCAGUGGCCUGGAAGUAGGGGUGGUGCCUGAUGCUUCAGCAAGCACAAGAUCAACAGUUAAAAGCCACCAUAAUGGGAUUGUUGUGUUCAGAAUAAAAUCUGGCCCUGGGCCUUGCUAUUUUUGACUGUGCAGUCACAUGCAUGGACUGUCUACCAUAGCUGCUUUCUCCUCAGUGAAGCUCAGUGUGUGCUGGAAGUUUGAACAAAAACACUUGUUGACUCAUGAAUGGCUUGUAGGUGUACUGACAAAUGGAUCAGAGAAGUAGUUCAGAGCUUUCUUAAAGCUUUGCAUAUGUACUUUCCUCUUCCCCCUCAAGCAAAGCCUAGACUUCUGAAGUGCAUGGCUGCACCUCAGGAAGGCAGGAUCAUAGAAUCCCAGAAUGGUCUGGGUUGGAAGGGGCCUCCAAAGGUUAUCUAGUCCAACUCCCUCUACAGUAAGUAGGGGCAUCCUCAACUAGAUCAGGUUGUCCAGGGCCCAUGUCUCAGCUUUCCCUGCUUUUGUCUAGGGGUGAUUUGUUUGAUUUUUAGCCUGUGGAAUAGUGGAGAAAAAAGCAAUGAAAGUAGCUUGUGUUUUUUCCUGUCUAGGCUUCUCCUUCCUGGGGAAGAAGGUGUAUAUGUGCAAUCUUGGCUGCUGCCCUGCAGCAAAGGGAUGGGCUUCUUCAGGCUGCAUUUUUGUUCAUGAGUGCUUCAGGAAGCAGUGAAGUGAGAAUGAGGAGUUCUGAUGGUGACCUCCAUCUUCCUCUUUGCUAUAAUACUGUUAUCCUGCUCUGAGGCUCUGUAGUUGCCCCCAUGCAAAGCAGGUUAGGCUUAAGAUGGUUAACACUAGCAUUGGGCCAGUACUUGGUGGGUUAAUUUGACUUUUCACUGUAGCUUUGACACUUAAUGAUCAAGUUCAAUGCCAUAGAAUGCUGGGUGCAAUGGGGAGAAGCCAUUGGUAGUUACUUGAUAUCUCAGUGUGGAGUUGGUCACUUCUCUCCCUAGGCUGUGUGCCGAGCACUUGUCUAGGUGUAAGAAGCUUGAGGCUUUGAUAGAGGUGAAUCACGUUUUCAUAGUAACACCUGACUGGGAAAAAAAAUCAAACCAGACUAAACUAUGUGUAGCCAGAGGCCCCUGUGGCUCUGGUGCCUUCUAGGAGUGGUGUCACUUUGUAAGAUGUCCCAUCUCUCCAGCAUAGCCCCUAUGUUUUCUAUUGGGUUUUGUACAGUUGUAAAUUCCAGAUCUCCUGUCUUUGGGUACGUAUUUUCAGUGUAACACAGGAUGUGUAAUAAAGAUCUAGAUUUUCUAAGGAAA